AUGUCAUCUCCAUGGCCAUACGAAUUCAUAUCCCUUUCUGAAGAGGACAAGCUGCAUCGCCGAGAGCUACUCGAUAUCCGGGGCCAGUAUGCACAAUGGUCAAUCCUUCUAGCUAUUUUCGUUGUCAAAAUCUUCUACGGUUUGACCACAAUCAACGCAAACAACCUUUCAAAGAAAGCCGCCAGUAAGUGGGACCAACCACUUGUCGCUGGAUGGGCAGAGACCCGACGACAGUAUCUUGUUUGCGGGCUCUGGCUAUCAUGGUUAUUGGGUCUUGCGGUAUGGAACAGUGGGGAAGACUAUCUUCAUCUAACCAAAGCCUUGGGUCACGUGGGCCUGUCCCAACUACCGUUGCAGGUUCUCAUGUCUCCAGCGGCCUAUAUCUCAUCCAAACCGACAGCUUCGUCUGUCCUUUCCAUCCUGACUGGCAUUCCUCAACCAUCUUUGACGCCUUACCACCGUCUCUUUGGCCGGAUAGUCAUCUCGCCUCUCCUGCUGACCCAUGCUACACUUUACAUGCUGUUUUUCGUGCAAUCCAGCCAUCCGGAAUUCGGAACCUUGCUUGCUAAGCGGGUUCAGGACUUGGAUGUCCAAUGCGGUAUGGUUGCGAUAUUCUCGGCGGUGCUGCUCUUUCUCUUUUCGCGGCCUAGGGGCAUUGCGAAAAGCAGUGGGAUACAGUCUUGGCUGGUACAGGGCUCGCUGCAAGAGCGCAGGCGUAUGUUCUACUUCGGUCAUGUUUCUUUGGUGAUACUUUUGGGGGUUGCGGCAUUCUUCCAUGUGAAGCAGGCCCAGAGAUACGUGAUGCAGACUCUGUGGGCUUCUGUGCUUAAUGGGGUGUGUUCUUGGGUUAUUGUAAAGUAUUCGUGA